AAAAUAUCCCUGUUUCGCUAAUUGAUUGUGAAUCACGUACCGUAUCCUCAUUCAUAUCACCAAGCUCAACCAUUUUUUUUUGUUUUUGCAAACAAUUGCUUGGAGAACGUUAAAUUGGGCGUAUCGGGCUGUUUUCACCUUAAAUAACAUGGCUGCCGAGAUAAAACCAGCGCAGCGAACCAACAAUGAUCGCUUUAACACCUCCAAAAAGCCAGAAUUGCUGAGUAAGCUGGAAGGCAGCAGCGACGAUGUGAACGCAGCAAUUCUUAUUCCUGGGGAAAACGGCGUAAUUAGCGUUUCAGAUGAUAAGACCGUUCGGGUCUGGCUGAAACGCGACUCCGGACAAUAUUGGCCAAGUAUUUGUCAAUAUAUGCCUUCCGGCUGCACGGCCAUCGAAUAUGUCCCGGAAUCCCGACAUUUGUACGUCGGCCAAGAGAACGGAACAGUAACUCAGUACGCUCUAUCCGAAGACUGCAAUCGCCUGUCCUUCUUGCGGGAUUACUUGUCCCAUCAAGCCAGAGUUGUGGCCGUAGUCUUUUCGAAAACCCACAAGUGGGUUCUUUCUGCCGGCAAAGAUAAACAAUUUGCCUAUCAUUGCACGGAUAGUGGCAAACGAGUGGGCGGAUACAAUUUUGAGACUCCAUGUACGGCACUCCAAUUUGAUGCAUUAGCCAAGUACGCCUUUAUUGGCGAUCACGCUGGACAAAUAACAAUGUUACGAUGUGAUGUGCAAGGAGUUCAACUGAUUACGACUUUCAAAGGACAUUCAGCGGAAAUCCGUUGCUUGAAAUGGGUCGAAGGCCCCCAACUCUUAUUUAGCGGCGCCUGCGAUCAGUCCGUCAUAGUUUGGGAUGUCGGUGGCAAACGUGGGACUAUUUACGAGCUGCAGGGACAUAGCAACAAAGUUUCUGCCCUGGCCUAUGCAAAUCAAACCCAACAACUGAUAAGCUGCGGCGAAGACUCGGUAGUGGUUUUCUGGGAAAUGAAUGCAAUGCGGAAAGAAGUUCCUGGCUGGGUUGAGUCCAACAACUGCCAGCUUUGCUCCAGGCCCUUCUUUUGGAACUUCCGUUCCAUGAUGGAUCAAAAGCAGCUAGGAAUCCGACAGCAUCAUUGUCGCCACUGCGGCAAAGCCGUCUGCGACAACUGUUCAACCAAUCGUAUUAAUAUACCUAUAAUGGGCUUCGAGUUUGAUGUUCGUACCUGUGAUCCGUGCUACAAACAACUUCAGACCGCUGAACGACCCUCACUGGCUUCAUUUAAUGACGUCAAGCACUCGAUUGUCUACAUGGACCUUGACGAGGAUAGGAAGCGCCUGUUGACAGUUGGUCAGGACAGACUCAUCAAGAUCUGGGAUCUUUCCAGCAUCUGGGCAUAAAACAUCCUGUACGCACACGCAUUAAACCCAAGUCGACGUACCAAAGGUAUAAUCAUUCACAAGGAGUUUCGGUCUUAACUGAAAAAUCCAAUAAUGGAACUAUGUGGCUGGCGACAAAAAAUCCAGCCCGUGUUCUCAUAUAUUUUGAUGUAAAGCAAUAAUUAUUGUAAUGUACGUAUGCUUACAUUAAACACAUAAAUACAAGAAUCCAUCGAUAAAAUAA